UUUCAACAUCUCUCUUACUGCAGUUAUCGAGGAUAAAGAUGGCUGUUCAAACUGACUGUAAAUCAGUUACUGAGGAAAUUAAAGCUCUACAACUCCAUGACAAACCAUCAGCUGUUGGAAUGGUCAAAGAGCCACUGGGGAUGGAUGACAUCACACUGAAUAUCGCCAUCACUGGGGAAUCUGGUUCUGGUAAAUCCACCUUUGUUAACGCCUUCAGAGGUGUGAGUGAUGAUGAUGAGGGAGCUGCUCCUACUGGUGUUACAGAAUGCACCAUGGAGGUUAAAGAAUACUCCCAUCCAAACUAUCCCAACGUUAAAUUCUGGGAUCUUCCUGGAGUUGGUACCCCAAAUUUUCCAUCUGACACGUACCUGGAACGUAUUGGAUUUGAGAAGUUUGACUUCUUCAUCAUCAUCGCGGCUGCUCGGUUCAAAGAGAAUGAUGUGAAACUCGCUCAGGAGAUUCAGAGGAUGGAGAAAAAGUUCUACUUUGUUCGCUCAAAGAUUGAUGACGAUAUAAAUGCUGAGAGAAGAAAGAGAGACUUCAGUGAAGAGAGGACUCUGACAAAAAUCAGAGACAACUGCUUUCAAGGUGAGCGACCUCGUUCAGAUGCAAAAUAACACAGGUCUGA